GUCCUCUCCCUCCCCCCCAGCCCUCCACCUCUCACUGUCAUGGUGCUUUUCCAUUUCCUACCUCUGCCGAGCUUACGUCACCCUCUUCUCAAUUUUGCCUUUGUUUUCCUCAAGAGCUUUGCAAUCGUUGACGUGGUAGAUGUUUCGUUCCUGGAGCACGUCGAGGCUUUUUGAUCCGUUGCAAGAAGGCUCUUCUCAAUUUUGUCUUUAUUUCUCUGUGCCGGUGUGGUUUCCUUGUACAUUAUCCCUUGUGUAGUUGAAUUGGCGCCGAAGUUGGAGGAUUAGUGCUUUGAGCGGUUUUUUGGAGUGUGAAGAUUGAAGAGGAAGAGGAGGCACAGGAACAAGAGAAGGAGGAGUAGUGGUGAUUGGUUGUAGGGGAGUAGUCGCAUGGAUGCUGGUGGAGACUUGAGGGGCAAGCAGGGGCAAGUGUGAGGAAGGAAAGAUGUUGGAAGAGCAGCUUGCGUUUUACUUGGAUCGGUACCUUGGCGAGUAUGUCAAGGGACUCUCCAAGGAAGCGCUCAAGGUUUCCGUCUGGAAUGGAGAUGUGGAGCUCACGAAUAUGCAGCUGAAACCAGAGGCUCUCAAUGCUUUGAAGCUGCCUAUUAAAGUCAAGGCUGGGUUCCUUGGGUCCGUGAAGCUAAAGGUACCGUGGAGUCGUCUCGGACAAGAACCAGUGGUAGUUGAGCUUGACCGCAUUUUUAUACUAGCCGAGCCGGCGACAAACGUGGAAGGAGGUGACGCUGAUUCAGUUCAAGAAGCAAAGAAUCGUCGAGUGCGGGGAGAGGAAGAUAAGCUGGUGACAAGUAGGACAGAAAACAGUCAGAAAUCUGAAGAAGCGAACAACUCCUCAUGGCUGGGUUCAUUAAUUACGACUGUCAUUGGUAACUUGAAGCUGUCCAUCACCAACAUUCAUAUUCGGUACGAGGACGAAGAGAGCAAUGCUGGGCACCCGUUUGCUGCGGGAUUGACACUAGCUAAACUAGCUGCUGUCACUGUGGAUGAAGAUGGCAACGAGACAUUUGUCACUGGUGGAGCACUUGACCGUGUACAAAAGGCUGGGGAGCUGAAUCGAUUAUCCUUUUAUUUCGACACGGACACUAAACCGUGGCCCAAGGAAAAAUCAUGGGAGGAUCUUGCGCCGAAGGAUUGGAGUCAGGUAUUCUUACCGGGAAUUAAGGAGGAGCCAUCUGCUUACAAAGGAGGUAAGCCUCCAUGGAUCAAAGACCACACUUAUGUGCUUGAACCAGUUGGUGGCAUUGCCAGAUAUUUCAAACUUGGACAGAAAGAUACACGCAGCCCUGACAAGCCUGCUCAAAAAGCUCUCGCUAUUCUUGACGAUGUUACGAUCAGCUUGAAUGAGAAACAAUAUCGAGAUGCAUUGAAAUUGGCUGAAAAUAUUUCGAUGUUUAGUAAACGAGUUCAAUACGCACACUACCGUCCCAACAGAAGCAUUAAGGAAGACAGGAAAGCUUGGUGGAAAUAUUUAUGUACUGUUGUGUCGGAGGACCAAAAGAAGGCCAGUGGCCGCCUUUCAUGGAAUCAAAUAUUGUCAUACUCCAGAAUGCGCAAAGAAUACGUGUCAAAAUACAUUGCAGCUCUUAAAGCAAAUCCAAAGGCAACGUCUAUUAAUGACAACAAGGAAAUCAAGGAUUUGGAUCGGCAGCUUGAUUCUGAUAUCAUUGUUCAAUGGAGAAUGUUGGCUCAUACAUAUGUGGAUGAGGAGGUAAAAAAGGGCGAGGAAAGACGUCAAGCUCAACGAAGCUGGUGGUCAUUCGGGUGGGGUGGUAGUGGUGGUGGUGGUAGUGAUGCAAGCAGCAAAGAAUUUUCAGAUGAUGACUGGAAAAGAGUGAAUCAAAUCAUUGGUUAUGAGGAAGGCAAACCAUCUCCUAUGGUCCCUAGCGAGGGUCAACCCAAUAUGCUACAUACUUUGGUGGAAAUCCAAAUGAGACACAAUGGAACAAAGUUGAUCUCCUCAAAUGGAGAAAUUAUCUUAGCGCUCACAGCUGAAGGUCUUGGGUGUGGGGUCAAACUCUACCCUGAAACUCAGAUCUUCAAUGUGGGGUUGGAUUCCUAUAAGAUUUCUACUCCGGAAGGACUUUUGGGAGAGAGUGCUCAUGAUGAGAAAUCUUUGUAUGGGACAUUCAAAUUAAACCCAUGGGACACCGAAUUGGAUUGGUCGUUGGAGGCUAAGGCUGCUCCCUGCUAUGUAACCGUGCGAAUGCAAAGUAUACGUAGGAUCACGCAGUUCUUUUCGAGUAAAGAAGCUGUGAGCCGGGAUGUUGCUCUUCAGACAGCAGCAGCCUUGCAGUCAACUGUGAAUGAAGUCUCCAAGAACGCCCAACAACAACUGAAUGACGCUUUGAAGAACAAGCCUAAGUUUUUAUUGGACUUGGACAUUGCUGCUCCUAAGGUUACUAUACCGACAGAUUUCUAUCCUGAUGGCCAGCAUCAGUGCAAAAUGUUGCUCGACUUGGGUUAUCUCAGCAUCAAAACUUUGCCUACUGAUGGCUCCAUUGAUGACUCGUCGGAAGAAAAUCAACUGUACAUGCGCUUCCGCAUUGGUCUAAAAGACAUUUCAGCUUUCUUAGUAGAUGGUGAUUUUGAUUGGCGGAAGCAGUAUAUUGUGAAUUCUGCGACUGGCAAGCUUCGCGCUGUAAAUGAUAAUUCGUCACGUCUGCCUGAAAGGUCUGAAAGUUCUGAGAACAGUGAAAAUAAAGGAACGAUUGAUUUUGAAGGAAAAGAAGAUGGUGCUAGUAAUAAUGUUGAAGAGGUGACUACGGGCUCAAACGACAGUCAGUCGAACGAGAGUUUUCGAAAAGUUGGUUCUGAUGAUGGAGACCUAUUUUUCUUGCCUAUGCUGGAGAAAACUGGAAUGAUAGUUGCGCUUGAACAGAUCUGUGUGCCACAUCCGAAAUACCCAACGACAAGGGUGGCAAUAAGGGUGCAGUCUGUUGGAUUCCAGUUCUCUCCUGCGCGAUACCAUCGAAUAAUGCAAGUAGUUGAGGUAUUUUCUGGUGGUCCUGAUGUCGAUGCUACCCAGUCAGCGUUUCGACCAUGGGAUUCUCCAGAUUUUGAUGGGAAAAUGAUGGUUCUUUCCUGGAAGGGGGUGGGACACAGAGAAGCUAAAUGGGAGGAUCGCUAUGGUGCGUUAGCGGGGCCUUUUCUUUACUUAUUAGAAUCCGACACAUCACUAAGUUACAAAACUUAUCACUCCCUGUUGGCUAAGAAGGUCUUCAAUGUUCCUAAGGAAUCUUUGGGCGGUUUGGAAAAUGUCAUUGCGAUUUGUGAUGCUGGUCAACUAGAAAAUAAGGUGACCGAAUCUGCAGGAGCUCUUCUGCUGCGUUUUGAGGAUGAAAAUUCAAGAAACACCUGGCAAGGAAGAUUUGCAGGGGCCAUAUAUCGUGCAUCAUCCCCUGGUGCAGUUACAGGGCUUCAAAGUGGAAAGGGUGAAAGUAAUGAUUCAGUGGGAGAUGGCUCUGAAUCGGAAGAUGUUGACCACGUAGAGCGGGCUGAGCAAGAAACGAUCUUUUUGACUGGAGUUCUCAAUGAAUUGAAAAUUGUCAUAAGCAACAGUCGUGAUAUUGAUUACACGUCACCAAAGCUGUUGCUUGUACCCGAAAAGCCACUAUUGGAGCUCCGCGCUAUUGGAACGAAGGUGCAAUUUGUUAUGAGAAAAAAUGACAUGUUAGUCGGAGCUGUACUACAAGCUUUAGAGAUUGAGGACAAAUUCCAUGGUCACGUUUCACAUUCGUGCCGUUUCUUGGCUCGGUCCUAUAUCAAGCAAGAAAGAGACCUAAAAGAGAAGGAUGACAACCAAAAGGUCAAAUCAUCGUCUUCACACCAUUCAGACCAGAAUACUUUAGAAAAUCGUAAGCUUCAGAGCAUUGGAAGCAAUGGAGGUAAGAAGAAGCUUGCAAAUAGUUCAGGUAACAAUUCAAGAAAAUCAGGCCAUUCAAGGUCGAAACAUAGUCAUCAUGGUAUAUCUGGAGAUGAACGAUUCUUUGAUGCUAAUGAUGAAAGCGGUUAUGAAAGUAGCUCAAGCAACUUUAGUUCACACAAACUUCAGAGCAGUAGUUCCGAUGCUGCGUCAAAGUUCUAUGAUGUUGAAGACGGUGAGGAUGAUCAUGGUGAACCUCCAAGUUUUAAGAGAGAGGUAGGCCUUUUGCCGGGAUCUGCUUCACCACAGCCAGGUAAAGAUGGUCAAGACGUGACUGAAAAAGAAGAGCUUCAGAGUUUUGUGAAGGCCCAAAUCAUUAUGACUUCUCCAGAUUCACCUACGUAUGCCUCAAUUGAUAAAGAGGUGCGGCUGUCAUUGUCUGCUCUAACAUUCUACUGCAAUCGGCCGACAGUUAUUGCUGCUUUGGAUCUUGUGACAGCCAUUACUGCGGAUGUCCAACCUAAGCGGGAUGACGAGUCGCCUCCGCAGGUUGCAGAUGCCAACGAAGGUUCUCAAAAGUCUACAGAAAAAGAUGCCAAAAACAGUCCUGAUGCAUCAGGUAACGUUGGGAAAGUUGGGAAAGAUGAAGAUGCAGUGGACGGAGGGGGUGAUAAAAUUGAGGGUGAUGAUAAGGAAAAUCCUCAGGCCUCUUCUGCAGAUAAUGACGGGGUUGUAACUACGAUUAAUCCGAAAGUGGUGGAAGAUGUGGAUGAGCUGGGCAAUCCCAAGAUUGCACCCAAGAGAAAAGACUCUGUUGUCAAAGGACUUUUGGGUAAAGGAAAAGACAGGGUGGUAUUUUUGUUGGUGUUAGACAUGGAGCUUGCUGAAAUCGUCUUGAACAACGAAGAUGGCUCUCAGCUAUCAACUCUUUCUCAAGAUAAUUUUCAUACUGAUGUGAAGAUUUAUCCAGCUUCAUGGGGAGUCAAGGUCACUUUAGGUAAUCUUCGCAUAAGCGAUGAUAACGUGAAGGACAAUCAUUAUAGAGACAUCCCUUAUCAAUACAUUUGUGACAUGAGAGAUCCAGGCGGUUCUUCUUUCAUUGAGCUGGAAUUUGAGUCUUUUAACGAAGAUGACCUUGACUAUGAGGGUUACGAAUUCAGUGUUGCCGGUAAACUAUCUGAAGUGCGGCUCGUUUAUCUCAACCGCUUCAUUCAGGAGAUAACUGCUUAUUUCAUGGGCCUUGUACCUCCAAGUUCGGACUAUGUAAUGAAGCUGAAAGAUCACGCAUCUGACUACGAAAAGCUUUUCUCUCAGUCAGAGAUUCAGGGACAACCAUCAGUGAAGCUGGAUCUUUCUCUAUCUAAGCCCAUCAUCAUAAUGCCUCGUGGAACUUAUAGUACUGAUUUUAUGGAGCUUGAUAUUCUGCAUAUCAACAUACGUAGCAGUUCUGAAUGGUUUGGCGGAAGGAAGGAGCAGCUCGAAGCUAUUCGCUUAGAAACAAUCACGCUCGAUAUUGAGGAUGUCAGUCUAACUGUUGGACUUGGAGGCGAAGUCGGGAGUGAGAUUUUUGAUCGAGCAAGAGGGUUUGGGCUUGUGGUCAGGCGCUCCCUACGAGAUCUUUGGCAUAAGGUGCCAGUUAUUGAAGCAACAGUCAAGGUUGAAGAGCUUCGGGCAUCGCUUUCAGACAAGGAAUAUCAAGUGAUAACUGAGUGCGUGACACAGAACAUGGCUGAAACACCAGACUUACCUCCUACACUCUAUGAUAAAACUCCUUCAGCCCAGGAAAAGCUCAUGGCCGAGGAUGAAGCUCAAAAGCUGGAUAGAGAAGGAGCUAGUAGUAGAGACAUUGUUGCUGAGGAGCCACAAGCAGCGAAUGAUCAAGUUCAAGAAGGGAAUGGCUCGUCAUCUGAGAAGCCAUACACUACGAUCAAAGUUGGAGUGGGGAUUGAUCUGGUUGAACUGCGCUUAUUUGUUGGUGGCACCAGAGAUGCAUCUCUUGCGACUGUCCAGAUAAUUGGCGUGUGGGCGUCAUAUAAGUCAAACAACGUUGGAGCUUCAGUUGUGAUGGCAUCACUAGAAAGGCUUAGUCUGAAAGAUGAACGUGAAGGAACCGAUCCAGAGAUGCAAUACAUGAUUGGCCAUGCAGAUGAUAAAGCACCGAACACGUUGGAAGGUGACCCUGGUCUUGCUAAAAGAAACAGAAAAGAGAAAAAAGCGAAUGACACUGCAGUUGGAACUUCACAGUCACCACGUGGAUGGGGAUCCGGAUUGACAAUGCUUGUGGUUGAUGCCAAACUUAGUCCAACCCAACAACAGGUUUCUCUCCGUAUUCAGCGUCCUCGGUUAGUGGUUGCCUUUGAUUUUCUAUUAGCAGUUGGGGAAUUUUUCGUCCCAUCAAUGCACGAAACGCUGGCGGAGAAGGGUGACGAAAAUCCACUUGACAUGAAGAAUGGGAUGUUUCUUAAUGACCACAUAUACAAACAAACGACGAAGGAAAUUCGAAUUUCACCGAAAAGACCUCUGGUUGCUGACCAUGAAGGUGUGCAUGAGUAUGUAUAUGACGGUCAAGGAAACAAAUUGCGGCUUUUAAACCGACAUGGUGAAGAUUUGUCUAUGUUUUCUCCAGAGGCCAUAAUCUUCGUCGGAGAUGGUAAAAGAUUGCGGUUUAGGAAUGUGAUCAUUCAGAAUGGCAACUACUUGGAUUCUUCUCUUUAUCUCGGCAGCAACAGCAGCUAUUCAGCAUCAAAAGAAGAUGGAGUUUACAUAGAAGGACCUCCUGAGGAUUCUGAUGCAUCGAGCACCGUUUCAUCACAUGUAGAGGAUAAAAAGGAUACUGAGAAAAAAGCUGAUGACAAGCCACCUGUGGAGAUUGUUUUUGACUUACAGGCAAUUGGCCCAGACCUUACCCUUUAUGACAGUAUUGGUCGAAAAGCCGAAACUUUGGUCCUUCCUGAGCGACAUCUCCGUGCCAGUAUGAAUGUUUUUGCCAGGUUUUCAAUGAAGGGAGAUGAUAUGGAACUUGCAGCAAAUUUGAAUGGUUUGACGGUGGAGUCAACAAGUGGUGUGAGUGUUUUGGAGCCUUUUGAUGCUUGUUUAAGCUAUUCAAAGGUGGAAGGGAAACAAAACAUUCACGUCAGCAUGACAGAGAUCUAUAUGAACUUCUCCUUCAGUAUUCUCCAGCUCAUUUUACGCCUACAGGAUGAUGUCAUGUCUAUUAUGCGCAUCACAUCUGAACAGGUCACUAUUGAGUGUUCAGAAUUUGAAAAGAUAUGGGGAGAUGAUGACUCUGAAAUUGCAGCAGGUGGGUCGCACCUUGCUUUUUGGCGCCCUAGACCACCGCCUGGAUUUGCGGUACUUGGUGACUGUGUAACACCCUUGGAUGAGCCCCCAUCGAAGGGCGUCUUAACAAUCAACAUGGCCUUAGCGAGAGGGAAGAGACCUACAGGAUUUAAAUGUGUAUGGACUUCAAUGGGCCUUGCCUCUGACGAUUCCGUGAAGUCUCGCGUGGAUGGAAGGUCUUCUCACUUGAGUGAGCGUAGUAUUAAACAAGAACUGGAUGAUGCUGCCAUCAGCAUAUCUGAUGACGAGGACACGCUGAAGAAAGGCUGUUGUGUCUGGUUGCCAAUUCCACCAGAAGGUUAUGUGGCUCUUGGCUGUGUGGUUUGGAAAGGACAGGAACAACCUCCUCCAUCAGCAACUAUCUGCGUUUUGAAUGCACUUAUAUCACCAUGUUCAAUGCGAGAUUGUAUCAACAUUAAGGGACAUCGUAGGUCUGCUGAUGUGGAUUCACAUAAUAAGUGGGCAUUUUGGCGUGCCGAUAACUCAAUUGGCACUUUCUUUCUAGAAAACGAUCCGAAGGAAUUUAUUCCACCCCAGGCUUAUGAUCUUCGUCUUGCUAUCUCAAAAUAUGGUCUUUUCACUGUCAAAGAAACAGUUCCAAGCUCAGACCAUCCACAAACAAGAUUGUCGCGUACAUUAAUGCCCAUUGACGAAGAGGGAGCUUGCACCACUGGGUUACUAACAGCGGUAGUCUCAUCGGGUAGGAUAUACGAGAAUGUGGGGAGGUUCAGAUUGGUUUGGUGGAACAAGGGCAAUGGAUCAAAAGAUGGUAUCUCCAUUUGGCGACCCAUCGUGCCAUCGGGGUGUGCCAUGCUUGGUGACAUAGUCGUGGAGGGAUACGAACCUCCAGGUACAGGGCUUGUGCUUCGUGACACAGACGAAGGGGGUUUGAUUAGCAAGCCAGAACGUUUCCAGGAAUUGGCUCACAUUUCUAAACAAAAACACUUCGAUGGUGUUUACUUCUGGAUUCCAGUUCCUCCACCAGGGUAUUCAGUAAUUGGCUGCAUAGCUGGCAAGAACUCCCGCCCUGAUGAAGAUGUCAUGCAGAGUAUCCGUUGUGUACGGAAUGAUCUUGUCAGCAGUGCUAAUUUUGCGGAAUCUAGUCUGUGGACCACGAGGUCGUUGAAACCAGGACAGCAACAGCUGAGUAUCUGGCCUGUAGAGAACGAGGCAAAAACUUUUUUUGUUAAGCCUGGAAGUUAUGGAAGACCUCCAACACAAAGUGCCCUUGGGUUGGCGAAUUUAGGAAGACAAUCACAGCCGGACAAUUUGUCUGUGGCUCUGGAAGUCAAGAGUAUCUCUGCGACUUUCUAUGAUGAUUUCGGCGGUUUUAUGGCACCUCUGCUGGACGUAUCGAUUACAGGCGUUCAAGCAAGCUUGCAUGGUCGAAUGGAGGCGUUUAGCACAGUUCUCAAUUUCUCUUUGACAACUACUACGUACAACAGCAAGUUUGACGUUUGGGAGCCUCUUGUUGAACCCUGUGUUGCGAUUGUCAGAUACGAGUAUGACAGUGAUCCACAAGACAAAGUACGACCUACAGUUUCCAGAGUUCGCAUCAACACUGAAAGUGAUUUCAAUGUUAAUAUUUCUGUCGCCAAUGCAAACAUGUUGUUGGAAGCUUACUCAAGUUGGAUGAAGUUAAAUAAACUUGAAGAAUCCAAUAAGAAACAGGAAUUUCAGGAUAAGAGUGCAAGUUCGAAUAACCUUAGUCGAAGGUUGUCGAAACUCAGUACAGAUACUUCCGUGGAUAAUGAAAGCAACAAGAAUUCUUUCAUAAUGGCACACAAUGAGAUUGGAGAGAAAGUCUGGCUAAGAACGGUUGAGGGCAGUGGAAAAGUUCAAGUAGCGCCAUUAUUAUCAAACGGGACUGUCACCAUUAAGUUGCCAGUUACUCGUUGUUUUAAUAACUCUAUUCACCACGAUACAGUGCAGGGGCGCUCUGCGAAAUUUUUGGCAAUCCGGAUUGGUGAUGCCGUGUUGCCAGCGGAUCACGGUGUCGGAGGGAGGGAAUAUAUGGCAGCACUCCGUAUAGUGCCUAUAAAUGCAACAUCUAAUAGCAAGCAGCCACAGUUCCAGAGUGCUCGUACUCGAUGUGUGAAUCCCUGUAAAGACGACAACACUGAUCAAGCACAUGUCUUCUGGGAGGAACUCUUUGUCUUUGAAGUUAGAUCAGGGGAAGCGAAUCGUGCCGAGAUUGUUGUUACCGACCUCGCCAUUGGAUCACCUGUUGGGUAUUGCUCAUUCAAUAUUACUGAUAAAGGGAUGGAUGAAUGGAGAGAAGAUAAAAGUGACUCUGCCACUUCCUCUUCCCUUGCUCUUAGAUCUGUAACUCUUCAGCCACCUAAAAGGAAGCAGAACGAGGAUAAAGAGCCCCUUGAUGAAGGAUGUCAAAAUGGUUUUAUAAAUUUGGCUGCACAAGUUUUUACCGCGAAUGGAGAGGAAGCUGAUGACGAAGAUUCUGAUGAUGUAGAGUCUCAGCAAAAUGAAAGCUCACAGAAAUUUGGGGCAAUUGAAGUGUCGGUCACCAAAAACGGGCCCUGGUCUCCAGUAAGACUAAAUUACGGACUUGGUCCAGCACCAUGGCACUUAGGGAGGGAUUAUUUGGCCAGUGAAAUGGUUGUCCACGACGGAGUGAAGCAUCUUUUUGUGCGAACUCUGGUGACGGUCGUGAAUGAAACGGAAUAUCAACUUGAAGCUCGUUUGUGUCCAGAUUUUCUUCUUGGUUCUGAAAAAGACGGUAAUGAAUUGGAUGUCAACGGUUCCGAAAAUGCUGUAGAGGAAGAAGUUUUUGAGAAUCAAAGGAAACAACCUGGAAAAGCAUGGAGUCAUCCGACGUUGCCUACUGAUCCAGGCCAUUUUGGCACUCGAGACCUUUCUGGAUCUUCCAAGGAAUUCCCGCAACUUCCACUUCCGGAUGGUUGGGUUUGGAUGACUGACUGGCAAGUCGACAAAACUGAAGUUGUUGAUUACGAUGGAUGGGCUUACUCCAAUGAUUUUCAUGCGCUUAGGGAUUGGCCACCAACUAGUACCUGUGACAAAAACACAUCAUUCGUAAGACGUCGCCGGUGGGUUCGUUCGAGGCAACGCAAGGAUAGUAGCAAGAAUUUGUUGAUAUCGCUUGGAGUUUUAGAACCUCACAGUUCUGUUGCCUGUCCAAUUGAAACUCUACGUACAGGAGGACCAGACUAUGUUGUUCAGGUAAAGCCUCGUAUAGGAUCGGUGUCUUCAGGCGUUGUGCGUAGCUGGAGUUCUGUUGUAUCACAUAGAGGUAAACUGGAGCAGGGUAGAGUCAAGCAACCUUCGAAAGAGCUUCGUAUUCGUGAGCUUCAGAAUACCGAAGUGCUUUUAAGUUGCGCAGUCAAAGAACGUGACAGUAACUCGAAUGACAAUGAUGUCUGGCUUUGUCUCGAGUGCAAAGCAACGGAGGUGGGGAAAAGCAGUCAGUUGGUUCCUAUUAAGGAUUGGCGCUUAACCAUCUCUGCACCACUGGAGCUAAUGAACUUCUUGCCUGUGGCAUGCAAGUUUACAGUCUCAGAAAAGGCCAAUGGAAAGGAAUUUUUGGAGAUACAAAGUGAGUCAGUCGAGCCUGGGGGGUCGAAGGCUAUCAUACUUGCUGAUUUGCGGAAAGCUCUCUAUCUGAAGUGGGUUCCACAGAGUGGCUGGCAACCCCAGGGAGACGAUUGUUUGAUCUCACAACCGGGAAAAGACCCAGCCAAGGAAGUAGUUGUCACUAAUGGAGUCAGGGAUCUGGCCAUUCACAUGCAAUACUGCCAUGGCAACAAUGACAUCUCAGCAAGAGUUAUACAAUUUUACGUUCCAUGCUGGUUAGAUAGUACUGGUUGUCCUCCCAUGAAGUGCAAAUUGGUUGGUGCUGCCCAUCUCGGGCGAAAAAAGUUCAAAAGCGACAAAAGUCGGGUCAGCAAAAAGCACAUUCAGGAGAUCGACGAAGAGGAUAUGCACCAGUUUCCUAGAAUGCUAUCCAAUUAUGACUCCAAGGUUAUGGGACUAGCGGUGGCUUUGUCAGGAUCUGAAAGCACUGCGUUUGGCCCUGUUUCACCCUUACAGCCUCUAGAGGAUCCAAUUGGGAAUGUGGAUCUCCGAGUUGCUGAUAAUCAAAAUUUGCAAUUCAGAUUCCUUGUUACAACAACGUUACAUCCAUACGGGUUUGCACAAACACAGGUGGUCCGCUUACGUCCGUAUACGCUUUUCACAAAUCGUCUUGGACGACCUCUUGAGCUGAGGCAGGCGGGCACUGAUCAAUCGGUGACUUUGCAUCCUUGGGACUGGCGGACCACGUUUGGAUUUCCAGCAAUCCAGGAUUCCCUUCAAUUGCAGAUUAGAUUGGAAGGAUCAGAAUGGUCCUUUCCAUUUUCUGUUGAUGACGAGGAGAUUAUCGACGUAAUCGUUUGUCAUAUUGAUGGGCGAAGGCAAUCAGUCAGGCUUGAUGUUCAUGGCCACGUGGAUGGAUCUCGAUUUCAUGGCAUUUUUCAGUUGGGAUCCUCUCGUGGUCCUUACAGGGUUGAAAAUCGGACGCAUAAGGAAACGAUAAAAUUUCGUCAGAAGGGUCUACACGAGAAUGCUUGGAGGAGUGUAAGACCACAUUCUUCGGCUAUCUUCGCAUGGGAGAAUCUGCAGGGUGAAAAGCUCUUGGAGGUUGUUCAAGUCCGCGGGGAUGUUCCCCGAAGUGCUGAGAUAGAUAUUAACAAAAUGGGUGAUCAUCCCCCGCUAUCUGGAGACAGAUCUGGAUCCUUCAACAUUUGUGUUCGGGUGUUGGAUGCUCCAGAAGCCAAAAUAGUGAGGUUUUUCAAUUCAGAGGUAGAGAUUCAAGACAAAGACCAUGCACAGGGAGACGAAAUUGAACAAUCGGUUCCAAGUCAAGGUGCAACAGAACCCAUGCAAGAUGAACAUGAAACACGCCCUGAGGCCCCUUCCCAAAUGGAGAUAGUUUUACGGGUUCACAAAUUUGGUCUGUCCGUUGUUGACCAGUACCCACGGGAGUUAAUUUUCUUCGUUAUGGAAAAGGUGGACGUUAUCUAUGCGAUGGGACUAGGCGACAAUGUUAGUAGGUUUACUGUAACUGUGGGCUAUAUGCAAGUAGAUAAUCAACUUCCUCUUACGCCUAUGCCUGUAUUACUAGCUCCUGAACUUCAAGAAGGUGAGGACUUUGUUGUCAAAGCCAUUGCAUCCAUGAAAGCGGAGACCAACGAAGCGGAUAAGGUUUAUCCAUAUCUCAGUUUGAAGGUUACUGAAAAUGCGUGGCGUAUCUGUGUUCAUGAAGCAUUAAUAUGGGCAUUCUUGGAGAUGUAUAACAAUCUGCAUCUUGAUCGUCUUUCAUCUGAUUCACCAGUUGUUCAAGUUGACCCAGAAAUCCGCAUAGAGAUCUUGGAUGUUAGUGAAGUACGAUUAAAGCUCUCAGUAGAAGCAAGUCCAGAUCAACGGCCUGAAGGAAAGCUUGGCAUCUGGGGUCCUGCGGUUACCACAUUAGGCAACAUCUCAAAAAUGCCGAUUACCUUUCGCCCUGUAUUUCGGGAGAACCGGCGCAUGCGGAACAGCCAGGUGCAAGCCCAGGUAUUGAACCGAGUGAAACGGGACCUUGUUCAUCAACCUCUUCAGCUUCUAACAGGUGUGAACGUUCUUGGCAUGACAAGUUCUACUUUCGGAACAAUGAGCCGAGGCGCCGCAAGUUUGUCAAGAGAUGAUGAAUUCAUGCGCGUCAGAACCAAUCAGGAGAACUCACGAAAAAUAGAAGGCGUUAAAGAUGGCAUGGUCCAAGGAACUACAUCUUUGGCUCGGGGGGUGGGUUAUGGAGUAAAAGGAAUUGUAUCAAAGCCAGUUGAUGGUGUUCGAGAUGGGGGAGCCCCGGGAUGCAUCCAAGGUGUUGUUAAGGCCUUGAUUGGGGUUGUUGCACAACCUCUAAGUGGGUGUCUGGACUUCAUGUCUUUAAGUGUUAGUGGCAUAGGCACCAGCUGCUCGAACUGCUUCGAACGUUUUGAACACGAUCGAAAGUUUGAACGAUAUCGCCUUCCUCGUGCUAUCAAAGGAGAUGGCGUUCUUACUCCUUACGACUCUCAUGCUGCCCAUGGCCAGGCCAUUUUGCGGCUAGCACAAAGCAGUCGUGCGAUUGGAAGCAUGGAUGUUUUUAAAACUGCAGGAGUUUUUGCUUUCUCUGACUUUUAUCAAGAGCAUUUCUAUCUUCCCAAAGAUUACAUUCUCAUGCUGACAAAUCGAAGAGUUUCGAUGCUGCUGAGCCCCUCGUCACAUGAGCGGGACCCGAGGAAGGAGCUGACAGACCCUUGUACGAUAAAGUGGGAAAUUGAAUGGAGUAACCUAUUGUCCAUGGAGGAGUCGAGUGAGUCCAGCGAAUUGGGAAUAACUCAGGUCCUGCUUCACCUGAAACAUUCCUCAAAGGACUUCACCCAAGUUAUAUCGUGCUACCCCCCAAAUGAUUCAGAGAUCCCUCAAGCCACCAAAAUAUACAGAUCUGUUCAUCAACAAUGGCGAUCAUUUUGCCCAGCUCCCCAAGACCCAUCGAAAGCCAAGAAGCCCAGAAGGUUAGGAAGACGUCCAAAAGCAGGAUCAGUAUGGGAUAAUAGCAAGAGAAGCAAGAAUACCCAGGAGAAUUCUGGCCGUUCACAUCCUGAGCAUUCUGAUGCUUCAGAAUCUUCUGGACAACGAUGGGAGGUACAGGGAGCUCCAAAGACUUUGGGAGAUGACGAGUUUCGGUGCGAAACUUCUUUAGGCAACCCAAUUUGGAGUUUCAACAAAAAUAAAGGAUCUUGUCUGGGAUCUGAUUGUGUUACAGCGACGGAUAGUAUUUCAUUUUGGCGUCCCGAUCCGCCACCUGAGUACAUAUCCCUUGGAGAUGUUGCGUUCGUUGGAGAUUAUCCAGACAACCAGACUGUGAUAACCUACAGAUACGAUGAUGACAAAUUCGAGAGGCCUUUGGACUUCGUUCUGGUGUGGAGAAACUGGAGAGAUGGAUCUGGGAGUCCAAUUUCCAUAUGGAUGCCAAAGGCUCCAAAUGGUUAUGUGUCACUAGGAUGCGUAGUGUGUGCUGAUUUUGAAAAACCCGACCUGGACGUCGUGUGGUGUGUACACAGUGACAUGACUGAAGAGACUACCUUGGAGGAUAAUCCAAUCUGGAAGGCCCCAAGCGAAGCUCCUUGGCAUUGUUUUGUCUACCCUGUGAUUAGUGAAGUAAAAACUUUCGUUGCACUGCGAGAGGAAAAGAGUGAGAACACGCCUAAACCUAGAAAAGUAAUUCUUUAAACGUAAGGUCAAGCCACAUUCAUGGCGUUGUCAACGCAACGUAUUUGUAAACUAGUUCCUGUUUCUGGUGUAGGUUUGCGUGAUAGUUACCUUCGUGUAGAAAAUUAUUAAAUGUGUACAUAUAUGGAAGUGAGUAGGUGCUUAAGUAUUCUUCAGAAUACUCGAGAGUAUUCUAGAAGCUCAAAGUAUGCCAAGUUUUGUAACCAAUGUUAACAUAUGUAAUAUUCUUAAUAAAUUGCUGCGUUAAUUUUAAGCUGA